AUGACAGCCUCUCUUGAUACAGAUGGACAGGGGCUGGUUUAAAAUGACAGUCUCAAGUUAGUGUAGGAAGAGAAGGCUAAUUGAAAGAAACAGCCAGGCAAGCUUCCUUUCUCUGUAGGAAUAAUUAUCAUACCCCUUCACCAUGGCCCACCUGGGAGCCCAUUUUGCCUUUAGAUCCCACUGGCAGAAGACCGAUGCUGAACUCUGUCGACACAGCAUGUCCUUUAUCCUUCACAAAGCCAUUCGCAGUGACUUCUUUCAGAGUUAUCUCUACCUGCUGGAAAAAAUUCCCCUGGUGAAAUUGUAUGCAUUACAAGUCAUCAAUGGUGAGAUGCAGUUUUAUGCCAGAACUAAACUUUUCUACCAAGAAGUACCUGCUACAGAAGAGAGUAUGAUUGGAAAUUUCAUUGAACUGUCUAACCCAGAUGUCCAGGCUUCUCAGGAAUUUCUUAGGAAAUUUGUUGGAUGCCCUGGGAGGGCUGGGACAGACUGCGCCUUGGAUUGCAGCUCUGGGAUAGGAAGGGUCAGCAAGCAUGUCUUGUUGCCGAUUUUCAACAGCAUGGAACUGGUGGACAUGAUGGAAUCGUUCCUUCUUGAAGCCCAGAACUACCUGCAGGUCAAUGGGGACAAGGUAGAAAGGUACCACUGCUACAGCCUGCAGGAAUUUACACCUCCAUUGGGCAGAUAUGAUGUCAUCUGGAUUCAGUGGGUCUCAGGAUACCUGACCGAUAAAGACCUUCUUGCAUUUCUUUCCCGGUGCCGAGCUGGCCUGAAAGAAAAUGGUGUCAUCAUACUGAAGGACAGCGUGGCCCGGGAGAGCUAUCUCUUCGAUCUCUCUGACAGCAGUGUGACUCGGGACAUGGACAUCCUCCGGAGCCUCAUUAGGAAGAGUGGGCUGGUGGUGCUGGGCCAGGAGAAGCAGGACAACUUUCCAGAACAGUGCAUCCCGGUGUGGAUGUUUGCAUUGCACAGUGAUGGACACUCCUGACCGGCAGUGGGAAUGUAGGGCUGGACUGUACAGGGUGCUUUGGGACAGAGGUCCUCUCCUCAUAAUUCAUGGGGUGAUGGAGAGAAGAGAUGCAAGGCCUGUCUGGAAAUGAUUGAUGUAGUACGUACAAGUUUCCACUAAUUUUAUAAGGACAUGCUCACACUCGAUGGAUUUUCUGGAAGAUAAAUAGAGUGAAACAUCAGGAAAAAUGUUUUAAGAACUGCUUGUAUACACCCAAACUAUACAAGUGUACAUAAAAACAGAAAAGGGAUCAAUGUUCACACAUUCUAAAUGGCCUUGGUCCGUGAAGAUUUGCAUUAUGGAGUAUCCCAGGAUGUGUGGGGUAAAGUCUAGACCCCUUUCUCUGCCCUCAUGCUAGAUACAUUCAAUUUCAUUCCUUUUUGAGACUACUACUCCUUUUAGACAAAAAUCUCACCCUAAUUAAGAAGGCACCAGUCAAAAUAAUCUUAUGAAAAUGAAUCCAUUGCUUAAUUUUUUCUUUAGCCUUUCUUUUCCCAGAAAAAGUAUAUGUGGUUUCACUUUCUAUUUUGGGUCAAUUUCACCACCAAAUGAUGUAAUAUGGAUGUAAUUUGAUAACAGAAGUCUACAUUUCAGUGAUGAGGAAGUGUCUCCUUUCAGGAGAAAAUAUUAUAUGUUGAAAUUUCAGCUAUGAACAUGUAAGUAAAUGUCCUUGAUAAUCUAAUUUUAGCCAUUGGCCUCCAACACUUCUUGCUUCAU